AUGGAAGGAACACUACGCAGUGUAGAACCAUUGGCCUAUUACGUCAAUACUUUGUCCGACUUUGAUGCCCAAGUCGUAACAGCCUACAAGAAGAAAGACAAUAAAAAAAUCAAGGAGCUUGCCUCCACCGGGAACAUGAUGGAUAUGGAUUUAUUCAUUUGUGUGAACAAACGAUGGCACGGGUUUAUUUUGUGCGUUCCCGCGGGUGAAGACGAGACUGGCUUGAUCGAUUUUUCGGAUGUUGUAAAAUCACCCUUUGACAUCCCCGCUCAAAUGAUGUGCUGGCAAUACGAGCUGUGUAUUGAGAACGAAGAACAAAGGUGGUACAAGAUACGCAAAGAGUGCAGUCUCUUCAGGGAUGUUGAGAACAGAAUCCAGCGCAGUUUUUAUAUCAGUAGAUUCAAAGGAAUAAGUUUAAACGCUUUGCAGUUUGUGGCCAUGCGAGCUGCUCCCCAUCGAUACAGCGUUCUCCUGGAGGACUGUGUCGAGUUUGCGAAGGAAUUUUGCAUCCAGGCCCUCGCAUACUCUUCCAACUGGCGUGAGAUAGAAGAGCGCGUGCAUGGUAACAUCGCUAAGGCAACGGCUAGUGGAUUCACUGUCGAGAAGCUGUCGCGAAACAUCCGCAGCUCUGGUUGGCUGGGAAAUACUUUCCUGGGAGGGGUGGAUGUUAGCAGUUGGUUGUCGAAUCGUUAUGGCGUCGCCAUAGCCGUUUGUUUGGGUUUAUUUUUGCUCAUUUAUCCUGUUGUAGUUACUGUUAUCGUAAUCAAAUUGUACAAGUAA